CCUGGGCGCAGACGGGGCCGCGCGGCAGGAGCGGGAAGUGAUGCUGCGCUUGAAGGAGGUGGUGGACAAGCAGCGGGACGAGAUUCGCGCCCAGUCCCACGAGAUCCUCCGCCGGAGCCGGGACACGGAAGCGCUGCAGGAGCAGCUCAGCCGCUUCAUGUCCAUGAACGAGGACCUGCGCAACAAGCUGGCUGUGACGCAGGCCCAGCUCCGGGGCGCGCUGGAGAAGAGCGGCAAUGCAGACACGGCCGCGCCGCCCAGCUGGCGGGAGCCGGCGAGCGCCGGGUCUGCCGCGGACGCCGGGAUCACCUUGCCUGGGGAGGAGCUGCAGCCGUGCGACCGAGCCACCAACUCCGCUGACAGGGGCUUCUCCAAGGAGGAGCUGCAGCAGAUCCUGCAGGAGCGGAACGAACUCAAGACCAGCCUGUUCCUGGUGCGGGAGGAGCUGGCCUACUACCAGCGGGAGCUGUUGAACCAAGAGCACGUCCCUGGGCUGGUGCUGGACGCGAUGAAGUCUGUUGUCAAGAGACAGAGGAAAAAAAUCCGAGCCAAGAUGCUGGGGACAGUGGAGGAGCCGGCGAGCAGUGGUAAUGAUGAUGAUUAUGACGAUGACGAUGACAAGGGCUCAUGGCUCCCGGCGCCCGAAGCAGGCAGUGUGGGCUCUCACACCCCUGGCUCCAAAAUCAGAAGCUUUUUUGGCCUGUGGUAUCGUGGCAGCAGCAGCUCGGACGCUUCCAGGUCAGGCAGCGCUGGAGCGUGGGAAAUCAUUGACUCGCAGGAUGUGUGCGCAGAGCAGGAUGGACGUGAGCCUGUGGCCAGUGUCCCUGGCGAGCCAGCGAGCGAGUGAGCGGGGACCUGGCCUAGCCCAGCUGUGGCCCUCUCCCUCCACCCGGUGCCCAGGACGCGCUCGCGGAUGACGCGGUGGCCUCGGGUGCGCUUGUGGCAUUGCUCUCCACGUCGCACAGCCAGUUCCCGCCGUGGCUGCAGAGGCAGUGUUGGAGCAAGUUCCAGCAUGGGGCAUCCUCACCACUGGUCUGAUGGUGCUGGGCAGCAACUCGCAGCCCAGUGUCCCGAUGCUGUGCAUCCCCGCCUGUUCCCAUCGCCAGCCCGGACACAUCCAGCUGUCGGACGACUGCCUUGGCUUUGUGCCCUCUGUGCCAGUGCUGCGCCUUGUGCCCCAGGAGCAGGACGAGGCACGUUCCUCGCGGCAGCAGGUUGGCUCAGCCGUGUGGGCAGUGUGGGACGCAGACGUGUUGGCAGGCCUCGGGGUCCAGCCCUUUGGGUGACAAGAUUGUGGCCAGGAUGCUGCUUUCUUGCUGUGGGCCUGGGAUCAGCCCCAGAAAUAAACUCGUUGGGUGCUGCGCCG